AUAUACACUGUGUUUAUUGCACAUUGAACGUUCUCGUCGGGUUUUUUUUGUUCUGCUGCCCUAACCUCACAACGGGACGGAGACCAUGAUUGUCAUUUAGGUAGUUGACCCAGUUAGGCCGCAUGUAAUAUAAAAAUUUACACAAAAAUUGUUUGGAUUUGAGUGAUUGGACGCCUGAAAAUAAAAGUGGACGCCGACUGUUCCGUACAAUCGUCGUUUUCUGAAUUUCUGAAAGAUUUCUCACGAAAGAUAUUUAUUUCCUGUGCGGACAGAACGAUUGUAAUCGAUCAGAUUGCGUUAAAAACAUUAAUGUGAACGAUACGCGCUACUCCUGACACGCAUCAUUUCCGUGCAAGUAGUACGUGCAUUCCGUCUUUACCCGAUCUUCAGACGACGCAUAACUAACCACGUGUUUUUGUCGAACAAAAUGCCGAAGAACACGCAAAAUCCGCCGGAAAGGAAAACGAAAACGGGUCAGGAUGUCGUCGCGGGUGUCAAGAGCGGAUCGCACUCCUCCGCUCAGUCUGAUCUCAAGUCCGACGGGAUACCGGAAACAAAGUGCUCGAUGAGCGACAACGAGAAUUUCAAGGUCGAAUAUUUGGACACACCAGUGAAAUCGGAAAAUGACAAAAAGGAGUAUAGAGUCAUCAGAUUGCGAAAUGCAAUGACAGCAUUGCUAAUAUCUGAUAUGCAUUCAAAAGAGUCAUGUGCUCAAGAUGAAGAUGACCAGGAUGAAGAUGAGAGUGAAGAUGAAAGUGAUGAAAAUGAUGAGAGCAGCGAGGAUGAUGAUGAAGACUAUGAUGACGAUGAGGAAGAUUCAGAUAGUGAAAGAUCUGAGGAUUAUAAUGCUUCAAGAACAAAACGCGUCAAGAGAGAUGCAAAAAAAGCAGCUUGUGGCUUAUGUGUAGGAGUAGGCAGUUUUAGUGAUCCAGAAGAGGUUCCAGGCAUGGCACACUUUCUCGAACAUAUGGUCUUUAUGGGAUCAGAAAAAUAUCCAGAAGAAAACGAUUUUGACGCGUUCAUUAGCAAACAUGGUGGCUAUUCCAAUGCCUCCACAGAUUGUGAGCACACAACGUUUUAUUUCGACGUUCAGGAGAAGCAUCUGCUUCCGGCUCUUGAUCGUUUUGCUCAAUUUUUUAUUAAACCUCUGAUGAAGAAAGACGCCAUCACGCGCGAACGAGAAGCUGUGGAGAGCGAAUUUCAGUUGGCCUCACCUCGCGACGAGAACAGGAGAGAGCAAUUGUUCUGCAGUUUCGCGCGUAACGGUCAUCCGGCCACCAAGUUUGUUUGGGGUAAUCUGGUGACGUUGCGCGAUAACGUGAACGAGGACAAGCUGUACGAAGAGCUGCACAAGUUUAGAGAGCGCCAUUAUAGCGCUCAUAGAAUGAAGUUGGCUAUACAGGCGAGAUUGCCGCUAGAUACCCUGGAAAAGUACGUCACGACGUGUUUCACUGAUGUGCCGAACAACGAGUUGGUACCUGACGAUUUUACCGAUUUCAAAGGCAGCAGUUCUUUCGAUACUUCGGCUUUUCGAAGAAUAUACAGAGUUAAACCAGUCAAAGAUUGCAGCCACUUACAAUUAACGUGGGCACUGCCUCCGCUACUGGAUUACUAUAAGAGUAAACCGUAUCGAUAUAUCUCGUGGAUUCUCGGACACGAAGGCAAAGGAUCUCUGAUUAGUUAUUUGCGUAAGAAGACGUGGGGUUUUGAAAUAUGCAGCGGUAAUCCCGAGAUUGGUUUCGAGCACAACUCCAUGUACUCGUUGUUGAGACUCAUCAUAAAUCUAACGGACAAAGGAUACGAGCACUUGGACGAAGUCCUGGACGCGAUAUUCUCCUUCGUUAAUAUGGUGAAGCGCGAGGGUCCGCAGAAAAGAAUUUACGACGAGCUUCAUCAAAUGGAAGAGAAUGAUUUUAGAUUCGCCAACGAAGAGGAAUCGGCGGAUUACGUGGAGGACUUGUGCGAGAGCAUGCAUUUCUAUCCGCCGCGUGAGUACAUUACCGGAAGCGAGCUUUACUUCGAAUACAAUCCGGAGGCUAUACAGCACUGUCUGGACUACUUGACGCCGGACAAUGUGAAUAUCAUGAUCUCGAACGGCAAGUUCAGUGAGGAGAGCUUGGACAAGACCGAGCCCUGGUUCAAGACCAAGUACACGGACACCGAGAUUCCGAAGGAACGUAUCGAAACCUGGAGAAACAUACUCAUACGCGACGAUUUUCAUUUGCCCGCGCCUAAUCAGUUCCUCACUGACGAUUUUUCUCUGAUAACGUUACCGGCGGACUGUUCGAGAUACCCCGUCAUGAUACACUGCGACAAUAUAUCCGAGAUUUGGUAUCGUCCGGAUCCCAAGUUCCGUUUGCCGGAUUGUUACAUGAAUUUCCAUCUUGUUUCCGCGCUGGGCUACGAAACGCUGGAGAAUGCGGCCAUUAUGGCGUUAUACGUCAGUAUAUUGAAACUGUUGUCAGCGGAAGAACUUUACCCGGCUACGGCAGCUGGGCUUGAUUACACGAUCAAUGACGGCGACAAGGGUAUUACGAUAAAAAUUAAUGGAUUCGACAAGAAAUUGCCGCUCGUGUUAAUGAUCAUUGCAAAAUACAUAGCGGACUAUGAGAACGUUGACAGGGAGGAGUUGGUCAAGCUUUUCGAAGUCGCCAAAGAGUAUCUGCUCAAGACGUAUUACAACACGUUCAUAAAAGCUGGAAAACUCGCACAGGACGUGAGAGCGAGUAUACUUAAGCACACGUAUUACACGUACGUUGACUUGCACGCUGCUCUGCGACGCGUCGAUUUCGAAAUGUUUCACCGCUUUAUCAAGAGUUUCACCGACCAACUAUACGUCCAGUGCCUCGUGCAAGGCAACAUGACGGCGGACGCCGUGUUGAGCAAUGUUCGGGAGUUUAUCGAAAGGCUGAACACCAAAUCGCUGCCGUUCGACGCGAUGCCAAAGACGAGAAUCAUGAAGAUACCUCUGGGCACGCACUAUUGCAAAGUGAAAAACAUCAAUGUAACCGAUGUGAAUUCCGUAGUGAUGAAUUAUUAUCAAAUCGGGGCCGAGUCGAUCAAAGUGUCGGUGCUGGUCGACCUGUUGAUGAUGAUAAUGGAGGAACCGUUGUUCAAUCAACUCAGAACUCAGGAGCAACUUGGCUAUGAUGUCUCUUGCUCCGUCAAAGAUUACAAUGGCAUAUUGGGAUAUACUGUUACGAUUCACAUUCAGGCGGACAAGUACACAACCGAGCACGUGGAUCAACGAAUCGAGGAGUUCUUGAAUUCGCUCAACAAUUUCCUGGAGAAAACCUCGGAGACGGAAUUGGACAAUAUCAAGGACGCGCUGAGGAAGACAAAGCAGUGCGCCGAUAUUGAUCUGGAAGAGGAAGUUAACAGGAACUGGGCGGAGAUCACGACGCGACAGUACAAAUUCGACAGACUCGAGAGAGAAGUGCUCGCGAUAGAGCACAUAAAUCUCGACGAGCUGAGACAGUGGGUCGCGCAGCACACCCGAAACGGUGGCAAUUUCCGGAAAUUGAGCGUGCACGUGGUGGGAACGGAUCCCAAGAGCAGAGUGGACGUCGAGGCAAAUGAUACCGAGGAAGAGGGGAAGGCGGCGAAGGAAUAUUCUCUAACUUUCACAGCCGAUGUUCAGCAACAUAUUGAGAGAAAAGAAUUGACAGAUUCCAACUACAUCAUGAACAUCCCGGAGUACAAGAAAAAUCUGUCCGUGUAUCCGCUGAGAGAAGUUGACGCUCUCAAAGCGUAAUGGCUCUAUUAACAAAAUGACGCAGUAUAAAUGUGAUAAUAAAACCUAUUGAGCUAUAUACGAAAGAUUGUUUUUUUUUUUGUUUAUUGAGCGCUUGAAAGGUGACGAUUAUUCUCACCGUGUAAUAAAUAGCAACAAUGGAAUGGAAUAUGCGAAACAUGUAACCAGGCUUGUUUAUUUCGAUAAACAAUUUUUUAUUCACACGGAUUAUAUAACAAUAUAUUGAAAGUAUUUUGUAUGUUGUGAAGUGAUACACUUUAAACUAUCACUUGAAAUUAAAUGACACGAUAUUAUCGAUUUUA